CCGCUACUUACGUCCUCCGGCCUCACGGGUCGCAGUUCUCCGCCGAGCUCCCAGUGGCGUAGCUCCAAUUAGUUCUAUGCCCAUGCUAGAAGUCAUCUGCCCUGAUUCUUUGGCCAGAGGACGAGCACGAGACGCCUACCUAGUCCCGGCGUUGCCCCCCAAAACGCCCAUGCAUGCGCUGCGCUGGCCCUAAGCGUACGGCGUCGCAUAGGUCGUGGGACCCGCCAGUCCCUUUGUGUACUCGCGCCCACCGAAGCCGUGUCAUUUGUGCGGAGCAGAAGCAAAGGAAAUACGACGUACCCUGCCGUCACCUGGUGUUCUCGUGUCCUGUUCGGCUCAGAGGAACGUCUCGCUGCGCUGCGCGAGCGUGGUGUGUUUGUCAGGCAUGACAGAAAUGGCGUUGACCCGACGAUGGCGCUCAUGCAACCCCGAUGAAAUCGGCCACGCGGGGCCGGGUUCGACCCAUGUUGCAUCUAUAGCUGGGUGGGACGAUUUGGGGUACACACGAUAGGUAAAAUUGCUGGCGUUCCUGGCGCUGCAAGCAGGCAUAAAGCAAGCAAGCCCGAGGAAAGGGGCGGCCGAGAGAGAUCGCCCUGGCCUCUCACAGGACGCUACUGGAUAUGACCGGCUUCUCGUUCACGGACGGCUUCGCCAACAUCAUCGACGGGAAGAAGGCGACGUCGCCCACGUCCGCGGACAUUAUCGACCCCUCGACGGAGGAAGUCUGGGCGCGCGUGCCCAUCGCAACCCCCGCGCAGCUCGAGGGCGCCAUCGCAGCUGCGGAGCGCGCUUUCCCCGCAUGGAGCGCGACGCCGUGGGAGGAGCGCCAGGCUGCACUGUACAGGCUCGCCGACCUCAUCGACCGGCAUGCGGAGGAGGUCGCGCAUCUGCUCAUGAAGGAGAUUGGGAAAGACCGCGGGGCCGCAGCGUUCGAGCUGAGUAUAUCGACGCCGUGGCUGCGCGGCGUUGCCAAACAGAAACUGGAGGAAGAGGUUAGGACGGAGGAUUCGGGGAGGGUGUCCAAGAUACGCUUCAGGCCCUUUGGAGUGGUUGCAGGCAUAUGCCCGUUCAACUUUCCAUUGACCCUCGGCAUCAACAAGUUUGCGCAGGCGGUUCUCGCCGGGAAUUGCAUGAUUCUCAAGGCUCCCCCGAGUGCCCCUUGUCUCGUGAUCAAGGUCAUCGAGCUCGCACAGUCCGUGCUGCCCCCCGGGGUCCUGCAGGUGCUUAAUGGCGGUAACGAUCUCGGCCAGCUGAUGGUCAAGCACCCACGCAUCAUGCGCGUGUCCAUGACUGGCUCGACGGGAGGAGGAAAAGCCAUCAUGCGUGAGGCGGGCGCGGAGCUCAAAAGCGUCACCCUUGAGCUUGGUGGAAAUGACCCUGCCAUCGUGCUCGACGACAUCGACGUAAAGCAGGCCGCGCAGGCGCUCUUCCUCGGCGCGACGCACAACGCUGGCCAAGUUUGCUUCACGAUCAAGCGCAUAUUCGUGCACGAGAAAAUCUACGACGCCGUGAAGGACGAACUCGUUGCAAUAGCGAAGGAGGUUCGCAUCGGAAACCCGUUCGAUCCAGACGUGAACAUGGGCCCUGUACAAAAUAAGGCACAAUAUGACCGGUUGCAGAGUCUUCUGGCAGAUUGCAAGGAGAAGGGCUACAAGAUCGCAUUCCAAAGCUCACCUCGCCCAACAGGCGAGAAAGGCUACUAUAUACCGCUGACAAUAAUCGAUAACCCUCCUGACGAGUCCCGUAUCGCACGAGAAGAGCAGUUUGGUCCCAUCGUUCCUCUUUUCAAGUGGAAAGACGAUGACGAAGUCGUCCGACGAGCGAAUGGCACGGACUUCGGAUUCAGCUCGUCAGUUUGGGGUGAGGAUAUGGAUCGGGUUCAGCGCAUCGCAGACGGAUUGUACAACGGCAUGGUAUGGGUCAACGAAUGGGGAGCGGUCUCUGCAGAGCAUCCGAUGGGUGGAACGAAGCAUUCUGGGAUCGGAGUAGAAUGCUCCAAGUAUGGUCUGGCUUCAUGGACGUUUGUGCAGUCGUUUGUCGUCCGGAAUCCUUGACCUACCGGUGCUCUAGGUGCGGGUAGGGCCUUUGCAGGGUAUUCGUCACUUUCCGGGUCAGCGACAUGGUCGCCAGCUGAGAUGUCCUCGCUGUCUAUCAUCGUUGACCGAUAUAGUUCCUAUACUAGCCGAC